AUGUCCACCAUCCUCCCCCCCUCCGGCGGCGAUUUCGAUCCCGAACCCCACAAGCGUCUCUUCCGCAAGUUCGGUAACCCCGGUCCCCUUGGCUUGUCCGCUUUCGCUCUCACUACUUUCGUGUUGUCCUUGAUCAACGUCAACGCUCACGAUGUCUCUACUCCCAACGUCGUUCUUGGUCUCGCGCUCGGUUAUGGAGGUUUGGUCCAGAUCAUCGCUGGUAUCUGGGAGUUUGCUGUUGGUAACACCUUUGGUGCUACCGCUUUCUGCUCGUACGGUGGUUUCUGGUUGUCGUAUGCUACGAUUUUGAUUCCUGGUUUCGGUAUCGCGGCUUCUUACGACAGCCCUACCAACCCUUACGAAUUCAACCACGCCAUCGGUAUCUACCUGAUUUGUUGGUUUAUCUUUACGUUCUUGAUGAUGCUCUGCACGCUCAAGUCUACCAUCGCUUUCUUCGGUCUCUUCUUCACCCUUGAUAUGGCAUUCCUCAUGCUCUCUAUUGCCGACUUCCGCGCUGGACACUCGAACUCUGUGCACUUCUUGCGUGCGGGUGGAGCGUUUGGUUUGGCUGCUGCUGUCUUGGCUUGGUAUAACGCUCUUGCCGGUGUGAUGAACCACCAGAACUCUUUCUUCACUGUUCCUACUGGUGCGUUCCCUUGGGCCAACAAGGGUAACAAGCCUGCCAGGCAGACUACCAAGGACGAGUAAACUUGUCAUAUUGGGAUAGGAAGGACGUUUUGGGGGAUUAAUGGAAGAGGAACAGGGG